CUCGUUCUCUUUUUCUCUCUCUCUCAAGUUUCCCAUCUCCUCAAGAUCAGGGCAAAGGAGGAAAACACCUAAUUCUGCUUGCUGUUUCAGAGUGGUGAUGAGCACGAAAUUGAACAUCUACAACAUGCAGUUGCUCCUUCUUGUUUUCUUGGUGUGGGACCCAGCCAGGUUGGUGCUGGCUAACAUCCAAGAAGAUGAGGCUAAAAAUAACAUUACCAUCUUUACAAGAAUUCUAGACAGACUUCUGGAUGGUUACGAUAAUCGACUUAGACCAGGACUGGGAGACAGCAUCACUGAAGUCUUCACAAACAUCUAUGUGACCAGUUUUGGCCCUGUCUCAGACACAGAUAUGGAAUAUACAAUAGAUGUUUUCUUUCGACAAAAAUGGAAAGAUGAACGAUUAAAAUUUAAAGGUCCUAUGAACAUCCUUCGACUUAACAAUUUAAUGGCUAGCAAAAUCUGGACUCCAGACACCUUCUUUCACAAUGGGAAAAAAUCUGUGGCUCAUAAUAUGACAAUGCCGAAUAAGCUUCUUCGAAUCCAGGAUGAUGGUACUCUGCUGUACACAAUGAGGCUUACAGUUCAAGCUGAAUGUCCCAUGCACUUGGAGGAUUUUCCAAUGGAUGCUCAUUCAUGUCCUCUGAAAUUUGGCAGCUAUGCUUAUACGACCUCAGAGGUCACUUAUAUUUGGACUUACAAUGCAUCUGAUUCAGUACAGGUUGCUCCUGAUGGCUCCAGGUUAAAUCAAUAUGAUCUGCUGGGCCAGUCAAUUGGGAAGGAGACAAUUAAAUCCAGUACAGGUGAAUAUACCGUAAUGACAGCUCAUUUCCACUUGAAAAGAAAAAUUGGGUAUUUUGUGAUUCAGACAUAUCUGCCUUGCAUCAUGACUGUCAUUCUCUCCCAAGUGUCAUUCUGGCUUAACAGAGAGUCUGUGCCUGCAAGAACUGUGUUUGGAGUCACAACUGUUCUAACAAUGACAACUCUAAGCAUCAGUGCUCGGAAUUCUCUCCCCAAAGUGGCUUACGCGACUGCCAUGGACUGGUUUAUUGCUGUGUGUUAUGCAUUUGUGUUCUCUGCCCUAAUUGAAUUUGCCACUGUUAAUUACUUCACCAAGAGAGGAUGGGCUUGGGAUGGGAAGAGUGUAGUAAAUGACAAGAAAAAAGAAAAAACUUCUGUCAUGAUACAGAACAAUGCGUAUGCAGUGGCUGUUGCCAAUUAUGCCCCGAAUCUUUCAAAAGACCCAGUUCUCUCUACCAUUUCCAAGAGUGCAACCACACCAGAACCCAACAAGAAGCCAGAAAACAAGCCAACGGAAGCCAAGAAAACCUUCAACAGUGUUAGCAAAAUUGACAGAAUGUCUAGAAUAGUUUUCCCAGUUUUGUUUGGUACAUUUAAUUUAGUUUACUGGGCUACAUAUUUAAACAGAGAACCUGUCUUAGGGGUCAGUCCUUGAAUCUAGACACAGCUUAUCUUUGGGAUGUAUAGCAACAUUAAAUUUGGUUUGUUUUGCUAUGUACAGUCUGACUAAUAACUGCUAAUUUGUGAACCAACAUGUACAGUAUGUAUAUAGCGAUAUAGUUACCGGUAGACCUCUAAUGGAGACACGCAUUUGCUGACUCUUGGAACUGCAGGCAAGAAAGCACCCCAUGCCCAAAGAACCAUUGCCUUUUUUAAAGAUUAACCCUAGGAACUGGUUUAAAGUGGAAUUCAGAUGACCUGAUUUAUUUCCUUUACCACACUUUAUAGACCCUUUUGAUUUAGGUCUUACAUAGGAGUAUUUUCUACUGUUGCCUAACUGUAAUGUAAGAUAACAUUGUCAUCCCAAGAUGAAUUCUUCUAAGUAACAGAAUGUCUUAUCUGUGAUAUCAGUUCCCUUCCUGAGUGCUCAGAAUCCCUGCUAGUGUAAUUGGAAGCUUAGCACACAUCAGAAGAUUUGAAAUCAGCUUUUAAUUACUCUGUAUAGUAUCUAUAGCCGUGUACAUGUUACAGCAUGACCAGCUCAAAUAAUUCAAGUCACCCCUGACAGGAUGUUAAUGACACCUAGAAUUUAAUAACUAUCAGAAUGUCAUGGUCAUUACAUUUUUAGUGUCAGUUUAUUUGAACAUAAUAAUUGAAAUCCUACAGAUUGUUUUAAUCAUUGGAAACUACCUUAAAUUAAAAAAAAAGACAAUAAAUGUGUCUUACUCUUUCUAGGUAUGUUGCAUUGAAAUUGAUCAGCUAAAUUUUCUUGGUGCUGGAGACUGGAAAAGCAUCCAGUUUGGCUGCUAUGGAGCAACAUUCAUAUUGGAUUAGAAAAUUGUGCCAAAAACUCCCACCAAUGAGAAUUCAUAGGUGUCACAGAAUACGGAUGAGCACUUAUACGAUUCUCUUCUUUCCUGUUUACUGCAAAUUCUGCCUUAAGGCUUCUUUUCAUUAGGACUCAGAAGCCACUAAUUAAAAAGGAAAGGGCAGUUAAUUGGCACAUUUUUCUGUCUUGAAAGCAGCCCUUUCAGAGAAGAAUUAAUGUAAAUCUGCUUUUGUAAAUUGCAACUUUAAAUUUCACUGACUCAAAUUUACAGCAGCUUUGUUAUACCAGAAGAGGUUUUGGUAAGAGUUGAACAUUUUUAAACUGAAGCUUUAAAGCAUCACCAACAGAUUGUGGAUUAGUUCACAUGCACAGACAUAAACACACACACACACACAUGCACACACAAUUAGCUAAAUUAGAACACACAAACACAUAGCUAAAUUAGAAACUGCUGUUUUCAAUUUUAUAUAAUUACUAAUUAUUAAUGGGUAAAAUUCAUUUUCUUUUAAUAUUUAAAAAAUACUCUUUAUGCUUCAAUUUUAUGCCCCUGAAAUGUGUUAAGAGAAGUUAACAAUUGUGUCUCAUGCCUAGAUUCAACGUUUUUGGCAAACUUAAAAUCCUUUUGACUCCCACAUACAUUAGCAGUUAUUAGUUGACUUUUACUAAUAGAUACACCUUUAUGAUGGUGUUUUUGUAGAAACAUAAGUAGUCAAAUAGUGGCAUUUCUUGCGGUUUUGUACAGUAUUUCAGUAUAGUACAUAAAUAGGUAUGUUCAUAAAAUCAGUAAAAGGAGUAUCUUAUGGAAAUAAGCAAAUCACAACAAAAAUUGCUAUUCCUUUGACUUGUUUAAAUUUAAUUUUUUCAUUUUCUUUGUUUUAGUGUGAUUCUAUUAUGUGCUUUGCAUGAUUGUAUUAAUACCAAGGUCACAAAUGCAGAAUUUGCC